AUGAACCCGCCCAGCGACUCAUCUGUCCAGCCAGUCGCGAAGCUGGCUCGCGUGAACCACUCGCCGGAUAUCUCGAAGGAAAAUGCAGAUGCUCCUAUUACCCCCGGUGUCCUUGAACCUUCAAAAGGGCGAUAUGUGGGGAGAUACUCCUCCAUUGCGUUCCCGCUCUAUGUCGGAAUGGAAGUCCAUGCGACAAAACCCCCACGCCUGCAUUCAUUUGCAUACCAUACCGGCAUCCGCAAGGAGCCACCCUGUGCCGUGCAGCCUGAGAUAGCCGAACGUAUCUCCUGGAACUCGACAAGAAGCUUGAUCGAUGCAUACGCCUCCAUAAUUCACCCUGUGUUUGGGUUUCUCGACAUGGAUGCAUUUUACACGAAAUGUGAGAGGCAUUGGCACGGGCAACUGCAAGACAUGGUUUUUGAAGCUAUUGCCAGUGGCGUGAUUGCCUUGGCGUCUUUAUUCAAUGGAGGCCUAGAAGAGGAUAUGGAAAUGUGGCUUGUUCUACAUGCAAAAAAGGUCCUCGAGGACUGUACUAUCAGCCGGUUUCCAUCAGCUGAACAGAUUGCGGCCUGGAUCCUACGCACUCUUUAUAUUCGCUGUACAGGGAGGCCUCAUGUGACAUGGAUUUCCAGUUGUAGCAUAAUGCAUCUUGUCGAAGCAACUGGUCUUCACCGCACGCCCGAAUCUGUCCUGCAGACAACGGGAAACACACUGAACCAGCUAACAUCUAGCAUCGCGAACAAGACGGCCCAGGUGGCACAUUGUCUUCAUAUACUAAUUGCCUUCGAGUACGGAAGAUCUAUAAUGGCAACCAAUCAUCAGGUACUCGAACAUACGGAUGAAGAGUGUCGCCGGAUGGACUUUACCCCACAGCUGUGCAACUUGAUCACCACCCUACCUCUCAGCCAGCAUGCAGGAGAAACAGUAGCCUUGACACAAGAGUUAUUAUCGUCCUUGGAGCGGAUAAGCGAAAUCACGCUCGAGCAUGACUUUCUGGUGUUAGUGAAGACAGAUCUGGUGCUCGGAAUCUACCGCCGACUUCGGGUUCUAGAUUCAAAGAUUCAGCCUGACCAUAACGAGAAAGUCAUUGCUGCUGGACGGCACGCCCUGGCAGCAGCAAGGAGACUAGUGAGCCAAAAUAAGCCUUGGUGGAAUGUGGUCGGAUCCAUCUUUCAGUUCGCAUGUACCCUUCUCGCCAUAGAUACGCCAACGAGUUGCGAAAUCCUCGGAGAGACGAUGGAUACCCUGGAGUUGAUCGUCGACCACUUAGACACUCAUCUGGCGAAGGAAGCACUUUCCACGGCACGACAACUUGUCCGAGCUUCGCUGAAUAAGAAGAAAAAGGGGGUCGAGGCCCUUGAACGUAUCGUGGGAACUGAAGCGCCCGAAAUUGCCGACUCGCAGAUGACGGACCAGUUAGCACAAGAUAUCGCAGCAAUGAGCCCGUCGCUAGCAGCUCAGCUACCCUUCGACCUGGAGACUUUAUGGGCCAUGGAAUUCAGCCUCCAUUAUGAUUGA